CCUGUGAUGAUGAGUUGAUAGGGCGAAAUCAUCACCAUCGGUCGGGGGUUUGAAAUGCUCAACCAUCAAUACAUAAGGGUAUGAACGCGCAAAAUAUGCCGGACUUUUGUUAUCGCUGUCGAUUUCUAUAUCGAUCGCGAAUUGUUGGUGUUUUCUAUUGUUGCACUCGCCGCGGAUGCAUUUAGGCAGUUGGUCUUCUUUUGUGGAUGUGAUCCACGUGCUUGCAUCGCGUUGCAUUGGCGUACUUCGGUUGGUGAACAAUAUUGUAAGCGUCUUCAUCUUACCCUCAUCUCUGUUACAUUUUACGCAGAGUAAAAUGCUAUAUAUUUUUUUAGGAAAGAAUGCAUGUUACAUCAACUCUGCUAGCAAUUAUUUGACAUCUGAGAUCUUAUCUUGGUUUGGAUCUCGACUUUCUGUCUCCCACUUUUCAUCUUCCGUUGGGACCUUACCAUCAUGAGCGGUUUCGACGUCGCAGCAGGUGUAGUUGGCGUCGUUUCGUUAAGCGUGACCAUCUUUCAAGGCUGCAUCCAGGGAUUUGUGCUCCUUUCUACAGCGCAGAACUUUGGUCGAGAUGCGGAUAUUGUUCGUUGCAUGAUUGAAUGGGAACAGUACCGAUUGUGUGAGUGGGCAGAAAAGGUAGGACUGGAGACGAAGCCAAAUCGGAAAAUCAACUGGAGCCUUGUUUCCCAGCAUCUCCACCAGUUGAAGGCAAUCCUUACGGACGUGAACAAAAUUAAGAAGGACUAUGAACUUCGUAUUGAGGUUACAGAUGACGAUCUCAAACUGGAGGACAUUGCAGCAACGAGAAAAGGACUUCAGGGGAGACUGGCUAUGUUGAAACCCAAACUUCAGAACCAGACCGCUCAGAGAUUACAUAAGAGCAGCACGCCAUGGAAGAGACUCCGAUGGGCGGCAUUCGACAAGGAGCGACUUCAAAUACUCAUCCAGGACGUUAAAUAUUUUAACGAUCGUCUGUACGAUUUGCUAGAGAACUCGGAUCGAGAGUUCUUCAAACAGGCACUAGAGGCACUAUUGAGAAAUGUAAUUUCUCAGACCGAAAGUUCCAGUGACUUAGAUAGUAUCAAAAUGCUUCUCAGUCCCGACAUAUCGAAAGAAGGGUUGGAGAGUGCUGUUUCUGCUGCUGCCACCUUGAAACAACGACGUUUAGCCCUUGACUUUACCGAAUAUGACACGAAUAGGACGUCUCGAUCUAAUAUCGCUUCGACGAUGUCGCACAGGCCUUACCCUUCCCGGGGAAGAAUUCCAAUCAACAAUUCCAGGGGUCCUCGCAAACUCCAUCUUGCUUCUUUAUCCGGGUUUUCCCCACCUUCUGCGGAAAAGAGACGAGAACUCGCAGUAUACGAGGGUCAAAGGGUUCUCCUUGAAUGGAAGACAAUCAAAAAAGCUGACGAGUCGAAAUUAAAGCACCGCGUGGAAGCUUUGGCAACAUUGCUUGGGAACAUUACUCAUCCCUCGUUCCAUUCCUUGAAGUGCAAAGGUUCGUUGAAGGUUUCUAGCGGAGAGUUCGCCUACAUAUUCGAGGCGCCACCUCUUCAAUCAGUGGAUUUCUGCUCUUUACUUCAGCUUCUGCGCAUGGAAUGCCGACCAAGCUUAAGCGAUCGUGUCUCUCUCGGAGCCGCACUUGCUGAAACAGUUCUACAACUUCACACAUCCGGUUGGCUGCACAAAGGUAUCCGAUCUGAUAAUGUGAUCUUUUGCCGAGAGAAAGAUCAUAAUUGGAAAGCUGAUAACUUAUGUCCUGUCUACCUCGGGGGCUACGAAUAUGCACGCGCGGAUAACCCUUUGGAUAUCACAGAAGCGCCAUCAUCACAAAAAGAAACAGAUAUAUACCGCCAUCCAGAACUUACCGGCGGUUCCCACAAUUCAUACAAGAAGCAGUACGAUUUAUAUGCUCUCGGUUGCGUGCUUUUAGAGAUUGGACUUUGGUGCUCUUUGCAGAAUAUUUUGCUGCUUGCUCUGCGGCGGAAAACUGAAGAUUUUAGAGUUCGGCAUGGUCUACAGCUUGAAUUUGGUGGACAGGUAGAGGUCGCUGAGCUCAGCGAGAAAAGGAGGAUGCUAGUCACCGACAUUCGUGACGGGGCCAUCAUCAAAGAAUUGGAGUUUAUGGCAGGGAAGAAAUACGCGUCAGUGGUCAUGGCUUGUCUGACGGCUGGCGAUGAGGUGCAAUCCAACAAUGAAAAGGAAGAGGAGGGUGACUCAGGUGAAGAGGAGGGUGAUUUUGCGACACUGUUGGAUCUUCAAGAAUGGGUGGUGAUGGAGCUAAAAAGCUCCAUCGUUUAGGAAAUCUUGACACCACUUGAAGAUUAGUCUCAGAUCUAGCUUAAACACAGAGCCA